AUGUUCAAGACCGAUUGGACACAGGAUGUUGAUAAAUACCCUCGCCUGCGGCCCGGGUCAUUAUCGCCCAUCCAGACUUCAACCGGUCUUGAACAUGAUCCAGAAGAUCACUCAUCAGAUUCAGAAGGUGAAGAUGACGAGCCGGUUGUUGAGGUGACUGAAUUCAAGCCAUCGACAUCAGAUGAGAUGCUCAGGCUCUAUUUUGAGACCCCUCGUAAAUCAGGAGGAGGUGACCUCAAAACAUUUGACCAUGACCCAAAGACUGGAGCCAUCAUAUUGACAUUUGAGAAUCCAUCAGUUGCGCACUCAGUUGUCGCCAGAUCGCAUAGGGUUGAUGGUACAUCGCUGUCAGUGCGACAGAUUGUGAAGAAGAAACCUCGCCCUUGUCCAGUCAAGAAGCGUUGUCUAUUUCUGAGCGGAAUUCCUGAUGGGUGUUACUCAGAGCUUGUGACAAUGUUCAUCGAGAUUCGGUCUGGUACGGAUGAGUUCAAGAUACAAUAUGGUGAGAUGCCUGGAACAGCACUCUGCACAUUCAAAGAAGAUAUCCCAGACAUGGAAAAUGUAAUCGAAAGAUUUCCCUCAAGGACUUUGCAAGGAGCCCAAGUGACAGCCGAGAAGGUGUACGAGUCAGAUUGUAUUUUAGUGCAAGGAGUCUCACCAAAAGCAUCUUUAGAGAUGAUUGAGUUGUAUUUUGGCAACAAAAAGAAAAGUGGCGGCACCGAUGUCAGAGAUGUACAACAGGGACCAACUAACACUCAAGCUAUUGUCUACUUUGAGGACUGGAAAGUUAUUGGGAAUGUUUUAUCAAAACGUGGAACCCACAAGGUUGCCGACACUGAGCUAUUGGUUGAAGAGUACCAUGAACGUCUGGGAAGACUGAGUCCAUUAGAUGUCCCAACUCCUCAUGUCCCUAAGCCAGUCACUGUUCAAGUCCAAGAACCCAUCAUGGAGUUCAUCUUCGGGAAGGGCCAGCACACAAAGAAGGCUUUGAUUCAGAAGCUUAGGGAUGCAAAGGCCAUUCUGAAAUGGCCAGAUGGUGAUGAUAAGACAACAGCUAGGCUGGAACCUCUACUGGAAGAUGGACAGCGACAAUCAUCUUGGCUCAAAUGGUCUGAAAUUGCUACCCAAGUUCUGACCGACUUCUUAAACAGAUGCAAGUCAUCCAGGAUUGCCGUCCCACCGCCUUUUUGGAAAAACGUCAUCGAUAGAAUAAAUCAGCUUGGCACCUAUAGUUUCUCCAUUCAGCCUGAUGCUCACACUCAUCUAGUCACUCUGGUUGGGGAGCAGCAAGACGUUGAUAAAGGACGCAGUGACAUUGCAGGAGUUAUCGAAAAGUUGAGAGCAAAGGCCGAGUAUGAAGCCGAGCAAACAAAAGAAGACAUAACCUUCACAGAGGAGAAGUCCAAGCCUUUUAUCAUAUGUGGCAUCAAGGACAAAAUUGAAAAGGACUUUCCGAACAUGACAAUUACUGUCUUCUCCUUACAAGAUAAAAUAAGACUCGUUUUAGAAGGAUCACGCAAGACCGUCCAGGAAGCAGAGCUGUCGAUGUGGAGGCAAAUGGACAGUCUAGAGAAAGUAGAACAUAAAACGGGACGCAACAAAGUCAAGUUCGUUCAGAAUCAUACCGACAAAAUCCAUGAGAUCUUAUGUUCACAGGGCAUUCGAGCAGCGUGUAAUGGAUCCGAUGAUGUCAAGAUCGUCAUAUCUGGUGCCACUAAGAAGGAUACGGUCCAAGCUAAAGCAUACAUCGAUCAGGAAAUAGAAGAGAAUGUCAUUCCAAUCAAGGAUCAGACUGUGCUUUCUGUUCUAAAGAGCAAAGAAGGGAGAGAUUUGCUUGAUGAAAUACACAAGCAGAGGUUUACUGUGGUGAACAUCAAUGAAACCGAAGGUGUGGUACAGUUGGCUGGAUUCAAGACUAGCUUGGAAGAGGUGAAACAAAGCAUACUUGAAUUUCUGGCAGUCAACGUCAUCAACAAAGAAUUCAUUGAAAUGAGUGGCAGUAAAAUGCAUGUGCUCCUUACACGUCAUGGCCAGUCAUUGGACAGCUUGGCAAAGCAACAAGAGCGCAAUCACUUGAAGAUCGCUCCGGAAUCCGGCAGUAGAACGGGCGUUUACAUUCAAGGUAACGAGGAAGGGUUGACGAUAGCUCGUCUGUUCGUUAAUUCAUUGGCGGAAGGAAUCAAAGACUCAAGUCCUCGAAGCAGCAGCGAAUCGGAUGAACAAGAGGAGGAUUCUCCUGGUGGGAAAGAGGAAGAAGAGGAGGAGGAGGAGCAAUUUGUUGAGGUUACCGGUUUCAAGAAAUCGUCAUCAGUGGAGAUGAUCAAGAUGCAUUUUGAGAAUCCCAGAAGAUCUGGAGGAGGUGACAUCAAGACAUGGGAGCAUGACCCAAAGACUGGAGUCAUCAGAAUGACAUUUGAGAACCCAUCACUUGCUAGCAAAGUGAUUGCAAGACAGCAUAAGCUUGGAGGAACUAACCUGAUGGUGCAACUGAUUGUGAAGAAGAAACCUCGUCCUCGCCCAGUCAAGAAGCAAUGUCUGUUUCUGAGUGGAAUUCCUGAUGGGUGUGAUUCAGAAAAUGUGACAAUGUUCAUUGAGAAUCGGUCUGGUACGGGUGCCUUUAAGAUACAAUAUGGUGAGGUGCCUGGAACAGCACUCUGCACAUCCAAUGAGGACAUCUCUGGGAUCUCACCAAGAAUACCUGUGGAGAUGAUUGAGUUGUAUUUUGGCUACAAAAAGAAAAGUGGCGGCACCGGUGUCAGAGAGGUACAGCAGGGACCAACGGACACUCAGGCUGUUGUCUACUUUGAAGACUGGAAAGUUGUUGGUGACGUUCUGUCAAAACUGGGAGUUCAUAAGAUUUGUGGUAUUGAGGUUUCUGUUCAAGAGUACCAUGAAUGUUUAGGAAGACUCAGCCACAACCGAGAAACCUCAUCGAUUUCACAAAUUAUAUCGCCUAAAAGCGUCAAAUAUGGGGCACGGGGAACAAGGCUGAUCGAAAGUUCCCGAGGUGACAUCGAUAAUCAAUCGGUAAACGCAUUAGACGAUCUGAAGAGUAAUGCAGCAUCGCAGGCGACAGUUUUCCUGCAGACUGACAACCGUAAUACGUUCUUUAAGUUUAAGGAUGGUAGGUCCACUGGGGACCGAGGCGGUCCAUUUGAUGCAACAACACGAGCUGAAUCUGCCGAUGUUAAGAAAGAUGAAUGCCCUAUCUGCUUGGCAGAUAAAAUGAUUGACGAAGUGGCCCUCAGGUGCAACCACCGAUUCUGUAAAACUUGCAUCGAUCAAGCGCUGAAGAACGAUUACAAAUGUCCUGUAUGCCAAACAGUGUGCAGCCAACCUAAAGGCAAUCAGCCAAAAGGAACGAUGAAACACAACACUGACAGGUACUUGCAUCUCCCUGGCUACGAACAAGAUGGAGUCAUAACCAUAGCCUAUCACAUACCAAGUGGCACACAAUGGGCUGACCAUCCCAACCCUGGGAAGCUAUUCACAGGCACUUCCCGAACUGCGUACCUACCUGAUAACCAAGAAGGAAGGGAGGUUCUAGUCCUUCUGAGAAAAGCGUUCGGUGCUGGACUUGUGUUCACGGUUGGACGGUCAAUUACUAGUGGUCUGGGUGACACGGUGAUUUGGAAUGAUAUCCAUCACAAAACCAGCAUGUCUGGUGGACCACAAAACUAUGGCUACCCUGAUCCUGGCUACCUGAAGAGAGUGAAGGAAGACUUGGCAGCAAAGGGUUUUCAGUGA